AAAAAGUCACUUACCCUCCAUCUUUUAACUUGCAGGUUAUAGCAGCAUUGAAUUUUAUAAUAUAUAUAAUGGAAAAAAGUAGUCUCAACUAAAUGUGAUAUAAAUAGAAGCCAUGUGUCACGAUGUCCAUGUCAGCUUCGGCACUAGAAAUAUCAUGUAGUCAAGAUGACAGUACCCAUAUUGUGAAACCACCUGCUCAAAGAUAUGAUUGCUGUUUGAACCAUACUGGUAAACUUAAUAGGCAACAAAAUCUUGAUUAUGAAAACAGAGAUUGCUCCUCAGCAGGGAGAAUUUGCUGCACAUGCAAAGAUCAUGUAAGACAAUCUAAUGUAACACGAUCAAAAUGCAUGUUUUGUGUUCAAGCAGAUAGCUUGAAGCAAACAAAACUGAAACCUUCAAGCUGCUGCUGCAGACUGUACAGAUGUGCUGAGAUUUCUCCACAAAACAGAAGCUGUGACCUUCCUCUGGUAUGUUCGGCUCCAACACCGUUCUAUGCCUACCCUCCAACCAGGCGCAAAAGCAGCUGGAUUGCAGCCCUUAAUCUGAAUUCACUGUUUACAUUUGCUUACUACAGCAUCUUGCUGAAGUCCAACUUUACCAAUUGGUUAAGGACUACAUUGUUAAUGGUUUUAAUUUUUACAUUUCCACUGCACACUAUGGCAGUUAAAAAGGAGACUCUUAAGUGUCCAAGUUUCAAAGCAAACUGUAGUAGCAGUGUGUUCUACUCAAACAAUCAAACCACUGCAAAGGAAAACAGUGGUACUACUUCAUCUCUCACAUGCCCUCACUGUGAUUACGUAUGCCAGCAACUUAUAAACUGUGCAAAGCAAGGUACCUGCAUGUACAAGUACAACAAAAAUCAGGUUACCAGUGAUAGAACUUCGCAAAAUCAUAGUCCAAAUAUCAAGAUUGUUUCUUCUGAUUCUUAUACCAACAACAGGUUAAGAAAUUCAGCCAAGUGCGGAACAUACAAAUUAACUUCUCUUGGUCUUGAUUUAUUCUGUGAUGAUCUUCCAUUGUUCUCUUUACUAUCCAUGGAAUUAAAUGUCGGUUCUACGUCUACUAUGCCUUACCCGAACUGUACCAGUUCAUCAUCAAUAGAGAAUUGCGAACAUUCAAAGUGUUUGAACGAACUUAAUAGGAUAAAAGAACACGACCAAUUAGCUAAACGGAAUUAUUUGGUAUUUGCAGCAACUAUGGAAAAGUAUGCGACUCCCGAUAACUACUCUAUAUGGCCUUCCUUUAAAACUCAGUGCUUGGUUGGAUACAAAUCAUGGAUUUGCUCGCAAAACCAUCAAGUCCACAGGCUUGACCACAACUGUAGAAAGAAGCGAGUCCGGCCCUGCAAAUCACUUUGUUUAAAUGUUGAAGCAUCUUGUCCGGUAUUUCGUAUUUUCAGCUUCACAAAGCUCCGUGGUGGCCAACCAGCGUUUAUCUGCCAUGGUUUUGACUUGCAGAAUGAAUCAAUGGCAAAUGAUAUUUGUUAUGAUGUUCCUAGUUUUGUACCCACGGACCCUGCUAUUGGGUCAGGCAUUCUCCCACAAAACAUGCCGACAUCAUACCCAACGCAGAAGGGCAUAUCCCCACUUACAACUAUUAGAGUAAGGCAUACGUCACAUAAGACCAUUCAGAUGCAUGACGAUGCGACUCAAGCUGGAAACGAUGCCGCUGCAGCUCCUUAUUCAUUGUUUUAUAUUACUUGUUUUGUAUUCAUGUUAGUUAUUUUCCUUACACUCGAAUCUUGUUAAAUUUGGUAGUACUCUGUUUUAUUGCAAUGUGUAAGUGAUGUUUUUACUAAAAUUAGUUAAAACAGACUGUAUAUCACGAUUCUGCCCAAGCACACUGGCACCAAUUCUAAUGUGCUUUUUAGAGUUUUUAUAUUUAGAUUCAUUUUGCUGAUCAAGUUCCACUGACUUGUCUCUUUCACCGAAUAAACAGUGUUACGCUCAUUGCAA